AAUUUGUUAACACAGAUGAGCCGUAGAAGAAAACACCACACUAGGAUCUGCUUCAGGAUCGAUUCGUGAAAGGAGACGCAGGUCAGGUCAGUGUCCGGUUCUUACUCAUCCGAAUUGAAGCCGACCGACAAAAACACGAUGAAUCCUGCGGAAUUAAGAUAUUUGGAAGAAGAGGACACUCCAAUAACGAAGACAUUAAAGGGAGCAACUAGUGGUUUCGUUGCUGGAAAUAUUUGGGGAACUAUUGUUGCUACAUGGCACGAUGUGCCUCGUGUAGAGAGAAGUGUUGCACUUCCUGGGCUGAUAAGGACUCUUAAGAUGAUGGGUAACUAUGGGGUGACUUUUGCUGCCAUUGGUGGUGUUUAUAUUGGUGUGGAGCAGCUGCUUCAAAAUUACAGGAUGAAGAGGGACUUUGUAAAUGGAGCUGUUGGAGGUUUUGCUGCUGGAGCUUCUGUCAUUGGUUUCAAAGCGAGAAGCAUUCCAAUUGCGCUUGCUGCUGGAGCGUCAUUGGCAUUUACAUCUGGUGUGAUCGAUGUUGGAGGUCAAACCACGAGAAUUGACACAGGCAAGGAGUACUACCCUUAUGAGACGAAAAAGAGGCCUAAUGUCAAUAACUGACCUCUUAUUUUCAAGGGGGAGUUCUUUGCAGCCUGACUAGCUGAAGCUCAAUAUGCUUACGAUUUUAGCAUGCUGAAAACUGUUUUGAUUUUCCGUGAGUUUUCAUGACGCAACUGUGUUCUGGAUGCUUGAAAGAAAAAAUUAUUCAAUAAAUUUGCACCUUUACAUUAUUGUUUGGAAUUCUAUUGGUUGGUUUAGUACAAUGAGGAUAUUUAUGGGUUAUGAAUCUGGAUUCAGAUCUGGUAGAGUAAUUGUCUGAAUUGUUGCCAGAUUAAGUUCAGAAAUAUUGUGAUCAAUUUAUGAGCAAUCUGAUUGAAAUGACUUUUUCAA